UUUGCCAAAGUUUUACAUCCCCAUGGUUUUCUUUCAAGCAGUAAGCUACGGAUGGCUACCCGCGACCCUUACCAUCGUAAGGUACGCAUUCGGCGGAAAGGAAUCCGUUGAACUACCAUCUACUGUACUAGAGGCGGAUUUCAUAGUUUUUGAUCACAAGGCCAACUUCUGGAUUUGGCUGCCGACGAUGAUCAUAUCGAUUGUCGUUCAGUACGUUAUGCUAACGUAUAUGUCGGUGAGUGAGUGUCUCCACUGGAAUCUGCUGCAUCACGUGUCAUGUUUGUUCAAAAUAGUUCGCCAGGAAAUUAGUCGUCUGAACGAUUACAAGUCUCCCGAAGUAUUCAAGGAGCAGCUUGGAGCAAUUGUUGAAGUGCAUGAGGUAUGCUUCAGAAGUGCUCGUAGACUGGAAAGUGUGUUAAGCCCGGUGAUGGCCCUACUGUAUUGCUCAUGCAUAUUUCAAAUCUGCUAUGUCAUGUUCGUUGUUAGUAUGGUUGAUGAUUUGGUUCUAAUUGCGUCGAUGGCGUUUGUCCUGCAGUAUACGGUAUUUUUAAUUUUCUCAUUUUCAAUGUUAGGAACGGAGCUUGUUGAAGCCAGUGCAUCGGUUUCCGAUGCAAUUUACAACACCAAAUGGUAUGGACGGGCAGCUGCCGAUAGUCGUUUGUUGCUGCUAAUGUUGAUGAGAUCCAACCGGGUGGUGGCCAUUACUGCGGCUAAGUUUUUCUACCUCAACAGAUCGACAUUCGGUGUAACAUUGAAGACGGCGUUUUCCUACUUUACUCUAAUGCGGCGGGUCUUUGGCGCAAAUGAGGAUUGAAUUUUCGAAUAUGAGACAGAGAGUCAUUAUACCUAUAUUGUUACUGAAAU